ACCUUUUGACGUAAACACGUCAGAGGUGAGACAUUCCGUUUCAAUAAAAGGCUCCGGAUCGCAGGAGCAUCAGAGGACCAGGAGGAAAGAAGCAGCAGGAAUAUCCGCCUACCAGUGUUUACUCUCCAAAGACCCAACUGAUACUCAGAAUGAACAGGUGUGUCGGUGGAGUGUGUGUGUCUCUUAUUGUGUGCGCGUUUCUCACGGAAACACUCGGAAUGGUGAUCGCGGCAAAAGAGAAGAGAGGAUGGACCCUCAACAGUGCUGGGUAUCUCCUCGGUCCACGUCGUAUUGAUCACCUUAUACAGAUUAAGGAUUCUCCCAGUGCAAGGGGGAGAGAGGAUCUGCUUGGUCAAUAUGCCAUAGACAGCCACAGGAGCCUUAGCCUUAGUGACAAGCACGGAGUGUCAGGGAAGAGAGAAAUGCCAAUAGAGGAAGAUUUCAAGACAGCUCUGAGGAUAUCAGAUGAGGAUGUUGUCCAUACUAUCAUAGACUUUCUUUCUUAUCUCAAAUUAAAAGAAAUUGGAGCUCUGGACAGUCUGCCUUCUUCUCUCACGUCAGAGGAAAUAAGUCAAUCCUAAUUCUGACCGAAUCCAUGACACACCGUGACCUCCACCGCGCUCUCAGAGGCUGUAUUAACGUUCAAAUUCUUCACCGCUAAACUGUCAAUAUUACCACGUAACUUUAAUCUGUCAGAAUCAUUUGACGGCUCAGGUGGAGAUGGAUUCAAAAAAUAAAACUCAUAAAUGGCAUUCGACUCACCUUAUUGUCUGUCUCAUUAUCUUUAUUUUAUAUUCAUAGAAAAGGCAGUAACCAUGACAGACUAUUACUUUUAUAUUUGCAAAGUAUAAACACACCCAUAACAAUUCUCAGAAGACCUACUAUUUUACUUCUUGAUUGGUACAUGCAGACUGAAACAUGAAUAAUUAAUACUGCCGGCUGUUCUUCUGGUCUUAGCUUCUCAGCGGUCAUCUGGCACUCAGAUCACAUAUCCACCAUGAUGUUUCUCCGUUAAUCCAGAAAUGACAGACAAAACUGAUGAUAUGCUCUCCUCCGGGCUUAAAGGAGCCUUCAAAUGCAAGAAAAUGGGUUAAAACUAAAUCAUUUUUAUCA